CUGCGAUGCCGGCGGGGCGGAAGGAGCCCGGACGCGAUUCGCCGCCGGACCGGGCGGGGAGCUUUGGUGCGGAGUGCUCCCCCGUGGGCGAGCGGUGGAACGGCACCGAAGCCGUGAGCAGCCGUGCGGAGGGCUGGCGUGUCGGCGUGGUGCUGAGCCCGGCAGGGGGAGGAGCUGUGCGGGGCUACGAGGAGUUCGGUGCUGGGGAGGAGAAGAGGGAGAAAAAGGAUAAGGAGGUGAUGACUCAAGCUGAUGAGUUGAUGCUGGGCCAAAUCAUCCAUCAUCAGGAUCAGGUAAUGACAGGGCAGAAGGCUGCAGAACCAGAAGUGACUAUUGCAUGUGGACUGCUCAGAGGAAAACAAGUAAAUGUGAAGGGAACAGACAGACUUGUCAAUGUUUUCCUUGGGAUUCCUUUUGCAAAAGCACUUGUUGGAUCUUUGAGGUUUUCCCCACCUGAACCUCCUGACCCCUGGAAUGAUCUGAAAGAUGCAACUUCUUACCCGCUGCUAUGUCCUCAAGAUUUGACCACGUUGAAAAAAGCUGAAAAAAGUUAUAAAGAAAAACACAUUCAAUUUCGGACUUCUGAGGACUGCUUGUAUCUAAAUGGUUAUAGCCCUGCAGACAAGAAGAACAAAUUACCUGUCGUGGUGUGGAUCCAUGGAGGCAAUUUUGUAUUUGGUGGUGCUUCUAGGUGCAAUGGUUCAGCACUUUCAACCUGCAAGAAUAUUGUAGUGGUAGUAAUAAUUCAGUACAGACUUGGACUCCUUGGAUUUUUCAAUACUGGUGAUGAACAUGCUCGUGGGAACUGGGCAUUUUUGGAUCAAGAAGAAGCUCUUCAGUGGGUCAGGGAAAAUAUUGAACACUUUGGUGGGGAUCCAGGAUCAGUCACACUCUUUGGUGUAUCCGCGGGAUCUUGCUGUGUUUUUGCACAGGUUUUAUCUACUUUGUCUAAGGGUCUCUUUCAUAAAGCAAUAUUAGAGAGUGGAGUUCUAAUUCCCUCUAAUAAAGAUUUACUUCUUUCAGCAGAUCUUAAGGAAAUCCCAUUUCUACCCUUAGUUUUGGAUGGAGUAUUUCUUCAUAAGUCACCUGAAGAUACAUUGGCUGGAAAAGAAUUUAACAUGGUCCUGUUUAUGAUAGGAGUCACCAAUAAUGAAUUUGGCUGGAAUAUUAAAUCUAUUCUGGAGCGCCUACUACUUCUUUGAGUAUCAGCAUCAUUCCACUUUAUACUGGGAUACUAAACCAGAGUAUGUGAAAGCUGAUCGUGGAGAUGAAGUUGGCUUUGUCUUUGGAGGACCUUAUCUGGCAGGUGACAUAAGCCUAUGGGGAAUCCUAAUGGGGAAGGCCUGGCUGAAUGGCCAUUGCGUAAUCUAAAUGAAGAAUGCUUGGAGAUAAAUCUAAGACAAAGGAAAGCCAGAAAGCUGAAGGAGAAGAAGGGAGA